AUGUCUCACGACUAUGCCGACGCGGAGUCGCGGAAUCGCCUCCCGACUCUUUUUGAGGUUCUCAGUCGCCGAACCCUCGCCCCAGUCGACCUCUUCUCGUUCUACAUUUACAUGCGGGACCAGCAGCGUUCCGUGGACUAUCUGGAUUUCUGGCUCGAUGUAUCCCAACACAUGCUACUGUGCCGACACUAUGUCCGUGAACUUCGCCGUUCCGUCCUGGUCGCAACCCCCGACAUUGAACGAGCCGACAGUAAACGAUCGUCCGCAAUGCUAGACAACCUCGAGAACCUGGGUGACAUCCCGCUGACGGAGGCUGGGCCUUCCCGUAUGCGCCACGGGUUUGGCGGAGAUGAGAAGGAGAGAGACGCCGACCAUCGUCUAUCUGCAUUCCUUCGCUCCGAGGGUAACACCUCGCACUCGCAGCAGGGCAGCGUAUCGUCCAACGGAUCAGCACACCGAGUUUCAUCGAAUGAAGAGCCCAGACCCAGUUCAGGCACCCGCAAUGACGACGAAAACUCCCCUGGUCACACCGUGGACCGCAAUGAUAUUCGCGCCAGUGCCGAGAAGAUCUUGUACACAUACCUGCUCCCUGGUUCUGAGCGAGAGGUCAUGCUGCCAGAAUCAAUGGUCUCGUCGAUUAUCAACCUAAUUGAAGAUGACGGCCGUGACGACCCUGAGGUUUUCGACCCGGCUAAGGACUACGUCUUCCAGGCCAUGGAGCGCGACGCAUUCCCAGGCUUCUUGCAGGCAAAGGCUCUCGGGAACCUCGUCCCAUUGAGUAUGAUCUUGCGCCUCGCUUUUGCUUUGAUCAGUUUCGGUGGAGGUUUCUGGGGUGCUUUCUAUGUUGUCCUACGAAACAAGCCUCGCAACAUCCGCUGCUGGAUCAUCCUUCCAUUUGCAGUCGCCGCAUACUUCAUCGUCUCAUAUCAGUACAAGAUUGACCCCGUCAUGGCUUUCUUGGGCUACAGUGAAUACACAUUUAUGAACUGGGCCCCGAUUCGUGAGCCCUACGUUCGAAAGCUCCUCAACAAGCGCGCCCUCGUCACUGCAUUCAUCGCCUUCCUGACAGCUGCGGCCUUAAGUAUUCUGUUCAUUCUCGUCCCCGGCACUAUCCUGUGA